AAGAAUGGCAGUUCCAGUGGAUAUUUGACAGACCGAGCUGCUGUUUGAGAGGAGCAUGAAGCUGCUGCGGGUGCACGGGCUGCUGCUGAUCCAGCGAGCGCACAAACACAGAGCGGCGCGGCUCUCCGAGAAGAAGCUGAGCCGCUGUUUCGUGGAUCAUCGCAGGGUGAAGGUUGUGGCGGGAUCGGGGGGCAGAGGGGCCUCCAGCUUCCACAGCGAGCCCCGGAAAGAAUGGGGCGGUCCAGACGGGGGAGACGGUGGUGCUGGAGGAGACAUCAUCAUCAAAGUGGACCGGCAGGUAAAAUCACUGUCCUCUGUGUCAGCGGUGUAUCGUGGAAAAGAUGGAGAAGCAGGAAGCAGCAAAAACUGCUUUGGACGCAAUGCCAGCCCCACCUACAUAUCAGUUCCUGUCGGCACGCUUGUCAAAGAGGAGGGCAGGACGCUGGCAGACCUUGCGCAGCACGGCCAGCUGUAUGCGGUUGCAUUUGGGGGUUCUGGGGGGAAGGGGAACCGCUUCUUCCUGUCCAAUGAGAACAGAGCACCCCUGACAGCCACGCCAGGAGAGAAGGGCCAGGAGCGUGUGGUUCAGUUGGAGCUGCACACCAUGGCCCACGCUGCACUGUUUGGAGAAAGCCUCACCAAACCUGACCAGCCAGGUGAUUGCGAUCACUGGAUCUUGAAGACAUUUUUACAAACGCAGAUGGAUGACAUGAAUGUAGAUGGCUCCAGAUCAGCAAUGUAGUAUUUGGUUUCCCAACAAGGUCCAUCACCCAACAAAAAAUUAAUCUGCUGAAUGCAUACUGUAUUUUCCUGGGCUCACAAACCCGACCAGUC